GGCUCGAUUCCAGCAGUUUCCCACAUCUACGAAUUUAAGCGUGCAGAGCGAACUGAUCAACUCUCAACAUGACGAAGACAGAAGGCGUCAAAAGAAAGUUAAAGCCUGUGAUAGAGAAGAAGAGAAGAGACCGAAUCAACCAUAACCUAGAUGCGUUAAGAGAUCUGCUUUUCAAGAACACUGCAGACACGCGUUUACAAAACCCCAAACUGGAAAAAGCAGAGAUUUUAGACCUUGCAGUUCAGUACAUCAAAAAGACCACAAGAAAAACUGAGACAAAGGUGAAUUCUAAUCAAAUGGAUUCUAAUGCCACUCAGAAGCAGUCUGUUUCUACGGGCCCCAUCUAUGCCAGUGACUUCUAUGUUCCAGACUUCUAUGGGAGGUUUAAAUCAUCUGAGCAGAAGGAAGCUCUUCUGAAACUGGGUGUCAACAAUAAUAACCUAACUGGUGCUUCCAAAGCAGGAAAUGAACCAGUGGCCCAGACGGGCUUCCCUCUAUCACCAUCAGGCCAGAACUACCAGCAGGAUCUUCUCUUACACCCUGAAUCAUCUUUGAAUGACUCCAAACUUUUGCAUCAGUUGACUUCUCCCCCCAGUUCAUCAUCAUCAUCAUCAUCACCACCACAAUGUAGUUCCCCGCCAUCAUCUCCCACUUUUACCAGCUUAUUCUCCUCUCCCAGUAACUGCCCUCCAUAUCUAUUCAUGCCUUGUCCUCUACCUGCUCCUUCUGAUUCACUGUCACCUCUUUCAACACCACUUUCACUCCAUAGGCCUGUCAUUGUGCCUCAGCCUAUUCUGCCCAACAUGGCUAGAGAUUUUACCCCACCGCAGUCUCCUGUACUGGCUCUUAGACUGGAACCUUUUUCUCUUCCAACCCAGUCCAUAUGGAGACCAUGGAGCUGAACUCUUACAAUGGUGUGCUUUUCCAUUUUACUUAGUCACUGCUCCAAUGGAGAAAUGAUCUCCCAGAAGGACCUAAUGGGACAUAUGGUGUGGCAUGAGCAUCGGGUUAUCACUUGUGUUUGCCUCCAGUUACUAUUACUUUUGUCAUGUUUUCAAUGACGUAUACUUUUAACUUGACUAUUUAUUGUUUUGACCAAUGUUUGUCUUCACUGGUAUAGCCUACCUGUGA